AAAAAAGUUUCGACGCAGCGCGCGCUUGGCCCGUGAACUGUCGAGGCGAGUCGACGUACUUUUGGGCUGUGGUGUGCAAAUUCGUGCAACAUGGCCUUUCAGAAUGUCAAGCUGUGCUUGCUGGGGGAUGCUGGGUGCGGCAAGUCAUCCCUGGCCCAGCUUUACGUUUAUGGAAGCUGCCCGCCUCGUCUCGAGCCCACGAUUGGCGCAUCCUUUCUCACCAAAAUGAUAACGUUGGACAACCGCGAGCUGAAACUUUCCAUUUGGGACACAGCUGGACAGGAAAAGUAUCGUGGCCUGGCCCCCAUGUAUUAUCGUGAUGCGGAGGCGGCCGUCAUCGUCUACGAUAUUACCAAGGCCUCAACCUUUCAAAAUGUGCGCUCCUGGGUCAGCGAGCUGACUGCCAUCAACCCGGGACAGCGCCUAGCUCUAGCCAUUGCCGGCAACAAAGCAGACCUGGACGAGCAGCGCCAGGUCGCCUACCAAGAUGCCAGCAAAUAUGCCGAGUCGGUUGGCGCCAUCUUCUUCGAGACGAGUGCGAUUCAAGGCAUCAACGUUCACGAACUCUUCGACCAGCUGGCCGUCGUUUGGAACGAGGCGCUUGCCUGUGGAUCGGCUUGCUGGGCGCAGUAG